AUUGCUCAGAGAAUUCGGCUUAAAAAGAGAUCAACUAUGGGCAUUAAAGGUUUGCAGUGGUUUGUGGCAAACACUUGCCCUGAUGCAUGUACAAUGGUAAAUCUGAAGGAAAUGGCAGAAAAACACCACAUCAGUCAUCCUGACUCCCCUCCUGUAAUUGUGGUAGAUGCCAUGGGUUGUAUUCGACACUGGUACACACCAGAAUCCUGGGUCUGUGGUGGCCAGUGGCAAGAGUACCUUGCUAAUUUGCAGGAUUUUAUUAAAGCUUUUAUGGCAGCUGAUAUCAAGCUGGUGUUCUGCUUUGAUGGUGUGGUAGAGCAGAAAAAGAGAGCUGAAUGGGUCAAACGAAGAUUGAAGAACAACAAAGAAAUAGCCAGAAUCUUUCAGUUCCUCAAGUCCUAUAGACAACAACCAGGGAGAGGGAUGUUCUUUAUUCCUUCAGGGUUGGCAACUUUUACACGCUUUGCCUUAAAGUCUCUUGGUCAAGAAACAAUAUGUUCAUUGCAAGAGGCGGACUAUGAGGUGGCCUCUUAUGGUCUGCAAAAUAAUUGCAUGGGAAUUCUUGGACAAGAUACCGACUACCUCAUCUAUAACACCUCUCCCUAUUUUUCUAUUAAUAAGCUCUGCUUGGACAGGAUGGUCACUGUUAUGUACUCUAGAGAGAACCUCUGUCAUGCACUUGGCCUCAACAUAACAGACCUCCCUCUUUUUGCUUGUCUGCUUGGGAAUGAUAUAGUUCCAGAAGACAUUUUGGAGGGUUUCUGGCAGAAAUGUGUAGCUUCAUGUCCUCCAAAGAGCCAGAGCUAUGAUAAAAGGGCUAACAUAAUUUUAGCUGUAGCAAGCUACAUAUCAAGAGUUCCAUGCUCUUAUGAUAGCCUGAAAGACUUGGAAGAAAUGCUACCUUUGGCAUCUGACAAGAAAUUGCUUUAUAGGGGAGUGGAGUCCUAUCUCUUGCCUGGCCAACAGUCUCCAUGGCUUCCUCCCAGUGUAUCAAAUUCUCAAGUACACCUGGUCAAGCAAGAAACGGCCAUAUGUCCAGAUCAGGAGAUCUUUCAGCUAGCUAAAGAACAACACGUCAGAGCUGAUAAUUAUAUGGUGUACAAUGUCCUCAGUAAAGGAGAGGUUGACUGCAGCAAUACAUUGGAAGAUGAACUUGAUACAGAACUUCCUGGACAGGCACUUAUUUACCGUCCUGUUCGACAACAUAUUUAUUCUGUUCUGCUGGAGUCCGGAAAAGACACCUGCGGAGCCUAUCCUAUAGUAAAGGAGUGGUUUGUGUACUUUGGGAAUCCAAUGGAGCAACCAGACCUCGUACAGCCUAUACAGCUUGACAUCCCAGCAGGGUCGACAUCGGGCAGAACAUUGUGGCUCACUAAAGGACCAGAGGUGCAAACACUACGGUUUAGCACAUUUCUGGCAUGCUUUCACCUUCAGACAAUUGGAGAGUUCCAGUUACUGGACCCACCUGUUGCGGCUGUCUGCUGUCUGCUGAUUUACCUUACUCUGCAGGUGGACAGUCUCUCUCUGGAGGACUUGAAUGCGUUUGUGGCUCACACUCUGUGCCUUCAGGGGAAGUCAGCUGCUCAGCUAUCAGGCAUACAGCUUGCCCAGGUUGAUUCCAGAGCUGUUCAGCUUGGUUCUCUCUUCAUUCGUGGUCUUACAACUUUAAUUAUGGCCAAUAGUUCCCUUGGCUUUCCAAUGAAUAUGAAUGAUUUGAUGCCUUGGAAGGUGUUUGAUGGAAAACUUUUUCAAGAGAAGUAUCAGCAGUCACACAGAGGGUGUUCUUUGGAGGAGCUUUUGGAGGGCAAUGGAUCUUUGCACAUGCAGUUCCAGAAUCUGAAGUCAUUCAUUUGCGAGGCUUGCAUGGUAAAGAAAAGAACAAUUCAGAGCAGACGGCGAGGGAACGGAUUUAUCACAGAAAUGCAAGAAGGAGGAAGGGAACGUAGCUUCCAGCAAGCAUACACAACUUCUUUUGUUCCACCAUAUCAUAGUCAGAACAGGGGAUUCCAGUGGAGAGGCUCUCAACCUUACUUUUAUGGGUCUGAGGCACAACCUUCAGGUAGAGGACAUCGAGACCAGAGAAGACAUCGAGGCCAGAGGAGAAGGUUCCAGCUUGCUCCCCGGCUGUUUGUAUUUUAGAUGGCCCAGAUGACUUUGUCCUUGACUGGAACUGAAUGAAAAGUGAUAAGAAGACAAGAUGUUUUUAUAAAGUACUAUACAUUGAAUAUAAUAAAAAUCAUUUCAGUAUUUCUAUUGUACCAUCAAGAAAAUGUCAAAUUGAAUACACAUUUUAAAAUCGGUGGUGGGAAGGAUUUAGUUACAAACACAUUAUCCUGACUUCACUCGGUAUUUCCAAUCCCAUUUCAUUUUGUACCUCUGAUACUACUUUUUCAUUGCUAAUGUAAUGUUUAUAAGAGUAUGUGUUUGUUCUGAGGCAAAUUUUGAAUUAUUUAAUUCCCAGUACCACAGUGAUGAGCACUUUACAAAAGCCUAAGGCAGACAGUUAUGAAAUCUAAUAAUAAAGGAAAUGUGUACAGAAACAGAGGCCACCUUUAUGUGGUGAAGGAGAUGGAGGAAAUCUAAAGUGGUAAAGACGUGAGUGAGCUUAAGAGUAUGUCUACACUGCAGUUAGACACCUGCGGCUGGCCUUUGCCAGGUGACUUGGGCUUGGGCUAAGAGCUGUUUAACUGUGCUCUAGACAUGUGGACUCCUACCUCACAGGCUCAAGCCCUUAGUCCAAGCCUUGUGAGCCCACAUCAACUGGCACGGGCUAGCUGUGGGGUUUUAACCUUUAAACCUUUAUGCCACAUAUACACACAUUGUAUGUAUGCCACAUCUUUUACAGAAGAAGUAUUUUAGAAGUAUUUCAGAUAGCUUUAAAUACAAAAGCUGUGUUUUUAAGUAUCUAUCUAUCUGUAAAGUCAGGUGGCUUAGUUACAUGAGACCAUCUAUGCAGGGCUCAAAGGAAGAGGAAAAUUUUAUAGCUAAAACAUUUUAGAAAUCUUUAAAAAUACCCUUAAGCUCACUUAUGUUUUUUCUAGACACAAAACUGUUCACAGCUUUAAAGUCUCAUUCUUAGAUCUUCCAGAGCAAAAGGAGUGUUGUGUCCCCAUUUGGGAAACCUAGUAUUUUCCUUUUCAGUUGUGUAAUGGUCCCAUUUCUAGUCUUUUGCAGUAUUAUACAUCAAACCUUAAACUGGUCAUUGACUGAGAAGAAAAUAUUGCUCAUCCUGGACCUUGGGCCUCUGUAGUUUGGGGGGACAUUCCAAAUGGGGGGAAGGAGACAAAACAAAUAUUUCUUUCAAAUUCAUUUUUUUGGUCAGCAAUUUGAAGCACAACAGUUGAAAUGAUUUUACCAUGUGUGUAGAAUGCUCAGAAUGGUCUCACCCGAUAUAGAUUAGUGGACAGUGCGCAGGUGUGGCAACCAAUCAUGUACCAUAAAUUAAUUUCUCACAGGCCUACAAUUUGUCAUAUGGAUUUCCCUAUUACAUGUAGGGUAGUGUGUAUAGAAUGUGUGGGCGUGUAUUGUAGAUUAAAUCUGUAUGUACAAAUAUUUGGCAUGAAGAAAAUACAUAAAUUCUUCUUGUAUCUCAAAGAAUAGGUUUAUUUCUAAUGUUAAGGAUUAUUAACAAAUGAAUUCCAUAGCCACAGUAGAAGCUUGAUUUAUCGUUAUGGUACAAUGAUUACAGAUUAGUAGUUUGUAGUUAAUUCUGGUACUAGUUAGCUCUGUUGCUGUCACGCCUUAGGUCUUGUGCAGAUGUCCAUUUUUGAUCCAACUAUCCAUCGAGUUUUUCCCAUCUAACUUCUGAAUUCUCUAAACAUAAACAUGCUGUCAUUUGUACAUAAUGUGGUACUAUGAUUUUCUCAUAUGUAUUUUUAUUGUCUGAAAUACAAUACAUGUACUGUGACAUAAAUACAAAGCUUCAACGCAGCUAAAUAAAUAAUUAAUAGCCCAGUAUUUUUAAUUCUAUUUAAAAAAAAUGAUGCUGAUUUCACUUUAUUUAAAUAGGACACUAUUUUUGUCUGAUUUGCUUUCUGAGGAUGAUACGAUUAUGGGUGGGGUAGUCCUGCCAUAUUUUCCUACCAGCUAUUCACUUUAUGUUUAAAUGUACUAACUGCUAUUUAGUCAAACUUUUUGGGAGAAUGUAGAAAUGUGGGCUUAUUCAAAGAUCACUAGUUUCAGAAACCUCAUUAUAUGCAAUGGUGCUUUAAAAAAAAUCUAAUUGUGCAUCAGCAUUUUGUAGCUAUUUUUACAUCAGUGUCUUCCAGGACUUCUAGUGGCCUCAAUAAAUGAAGUGGUAGUAAACUAAAAUUAAAUAUGAAUUUAGUGGGAGCUUUUGCUGUGAUAGGAUUGGGCACCUUUUAAGAAUUGCCAAUGAGAUGAAAAGGCACUCUCUGACAUUUUUCUUCUUAUGCUGGACCAUAGCCAGAAGCUGCUAAUUAUCCAGACUUCUAAGCAAAAGAUUUUCUCCUUAGAAAUCAUGGGUUUGGAUCAGGAGUUCCAUGCAGGUGCUGUGCUCCUGUCCAAAGAGUAUUAGCUUGUGUUAGAGUGCUUUGUUUCUGUCCUCCUGGCCAAGACUAGUCAUAGCUAUGUGAGGCCUAUGGACAAGAAAAGGUAAUCACACAAGGAAAAAAUGGGCUUCCUGAACAUGCACAUUUGACCUGGCCCUCAGUGCCUGGAAGACAGAUUUCGUAAGCUGACAGUGUUGCCCCACCUGGGAUGCCUUGAGCCUUGGGAGGAAGAAGGAGCUGCACCACAGGUGAAAGACAUAGAAUCGAAGAAAUGUAGGACUGGAAGGGACCUCAGUAGGUCAUCUAAUCCAGUGCCCUGCCCUGACGCAAGACUAAGUAUUGUCUAGACCAUCCCUGACAUAGCAGUUUGGAACUGGAAUUGAGGAGGUGUAAUUCUGGAGGAGAAAAAUAUAAGGAAAAAAAUUCUUAUUCCACAAACUGUUAAAUUGCUAAUUACUUCAACAAGUCUAAAAUAUGCAGCUGUAUUUUAAGAAAUAAACAAAUCAUUCACUGA